AUGUCAUUUUAGGAGAUCUUUUCGCCUAAAAUUAAUUUGAAUAUAAACUAAGAUCAAGAUGAACAAGAGCAAAAUCAAAUGUUUUUAAAAACCUUCUUCAGAUUGGCUAGUGCUAAAGCAUUAGACAGAAAAAGAAUUAGAAAAUCAAAAGGCCCUUAAAAGAAUUAAAAAUAAGAUGAUCCCAAAAUUUCAUCUGAUUAAAAAUUAAUAGAUGUAAAUCCCAUUGAUUUUAAGAAAAAGACACCAGUUGUCUUAGAUACAGUACUAGAUCAUCUUGCACAACAUUUCUCCAAGAAAUAUAAGGAUAAAGCCAAUAAAAAUAAUCCCUAAUUUUCAAGGUAAGCUGAGCUAUAUAUAAACAAGUCAAAGUAUGCAGUAAGCACUAUUGAAUAGGAUAAAAUCAAACAUCGAAAUAAACUUCUAAAGCUCACAGAGUAAAUUAAUAAUUAUCCAUUGGAAACUGAGAGGAGAUUUUAAAAUUGGGAUGCAUAAUUUAAAAAUGACAUAAAAAAUGCUCAAAGGCGCUGCUACUCUAGAUAAAGGUCGAGAGCAGAUGCUGCACUAGCAAGUUCUCAUAUUUUUGGAGGUAUAUUUGAUAAGACUGAGGUAGAAACAUCUGAUGGCAUCAACCUUAUUAUCUGA